GCGCAUGCGCCGUUUCGACACUCGUCGUUCAACUAGAGGUGGUUGUUGCUAACUAGCUGAAUCAUUAGGUUGAGCUUUUCUCCUGUUUCGUCUCUUCCAGCUUGUCUUGCAUCGCAAUGGCGGCAAGAUAUGACAGAGCCAUCACUGUCUUUUCCCCCGACGGUCAUCUCUUUCAAGUAGAGUAUGCACAAGAAGCUGUAAAGAAAGGCUCCACUGCGGUUGGAAUCAGAGGCAAAGACAUCGUUGUUCUUGGUGUGGAGAAGAAAUCUGUCGCAAAGUUGCAGGAAGAAAGGACUGUCCGCAAGAUCUGUGCACUGGACGAGCAUGUCUGCAUGGCAUUCGCAGGUCUGACGGCUGAUGCCCGUAUCGUGAUAAACAGAGCUCGAGUUGAGUGCCAGAGCCACCGGCUAACAGUUGAAGAUCCCGUCACAGUGGAAUAUAUCACAAGAUACAUUGCAACACUGAAACAGCGUUAUACUCAAAGCAAUGGACGCAGGCCGUUUGGAAUCUCUGCCUUAAUUGUCGGCUUCGACUACGAUGGGACCCCAAGACUGUAUCAGACCGACCCGUCGGGGACCUACCACGCCUGGAAGGCAAAUGCGAUCGGCCGCAGCGCAAAAACCGUAAGGGAGUUCCUGGAGAAGAAUUACACAGACGAGGCCAUCGCUGGGGACAACGAGGCCAUCAAGUUGGCCAUCAAAGCUUUGCUUGAGGUUGUCCAGUCAGGAGGAAAGAACAUCGAACUUGCUGUUAUUAGACGAAAUCAACCACUCAAGAUCUUGGAAUCCAAGGAAAUUGAGACCCUGGUGGCUGAGAUAGAGAAGGAAAAAGAAGAGGAGGCGGAGAAGAAAAAGCAGAAAAAAUCCACCUAAAACCCUUGACAUAAUCUCGGGUUUAUUGCACUUGGAUUAUGAAAGUAUCUUUGGGUUCUAGAUGUUAGUUUCAAAGAAUUUACUCAUUUCUUCCCUUGUACUGUGCUGAAUCAUAACUUGAGAUCUGCAGAUAUUAAACAAUUUCCAACAUUUCUAGGCGAUGCAAAGCCAGGCUGAAAGAAAACAAGUCGAUAUAUUUUAGGCCGCCGAGAUGUUGGAGAUUGGAUGCACCUAUUGAUACAAACUGGGUGUGUUUGUCCACAGCUAAGUGUUGCUGUGUCUGCUCACAUGUUCUCAAGUUAGGAUUUAAAUCUAGUGCUCUGCUUUGGAGAAUUGGAGAAUUUCUUUACAUAUUUUUAUUUCCAAGACUCAAAAAUUGCUCAAAUGUUUCAGAUUCUCUGAUGUUGAAUGAGUUGUACAUGACAUUCAAAACCACAAUGAAACCAAAAUCUCAAUAAAAGUGGAUUUCUUUGUUUUUCAAAGUUA